UAUCUCUGUGUUUCUCUCUCUAUCUCUGCAAUGACGAAGAAGAAGGAGAGGAAAGUGAACGUCUCGGGAAAACCGAAGCAUUCACUCGACGUGAAUCGCAGCAAUGACACGAAGAAGGAGUCACGCUCCGCCGCCACCGUGCGCCGCCUCAAGAUGUACAACACGAGGCCAGUUCGCGACCGCAAGGGAAAGGUUUUGACCAACGAAUAUCAGUCUAAGGAGCUUCCCAGCACGCGAAUCCAACCUGAUCGCCGUUGGUUCGGGAACACUCGGGUUGUGAAUCAGAAAGAGCUUGAGUUCUUCAGAGAAGAGCUGCAGAGCCGCAUGUCGAGUAAUUACAAUGUUAUUCUGAAGGAGAAGAAAUUGCCACUGUCACUCCUCAACGACCACCAAAAGCAAUCAAGGGUUCACCUUCUUGAUAGACAGCCUUUUGAGGAUGCAUUUGGACCUAAGACUAAAAGAAAGCGCCCCAUGAUUAUGAGUCCUUAG